AUGGACCGGGACCAAAAGCCCGGCGAUGUGUUGGGCUUCUCCCCUCUGUUGGACGAGAGGAAGGACAGCCUCUCUCCAACUAUGUCGCAGCCCAUGGAGCCCCAAGGACGGCAGCACAACUACCGGACCGCCACGGGCAAGUACCGGUGGUACCUGCUGAGGAGCUUCUAUGGGCCGCUCAAAUUCGUCCUCAUCUUCGGCACCGUCGCCGUCCUUCUCGCCGUCCCGUCCAUGGUCAUCGACGUCGAUGCGAUAGAGGCUAAAGCUGCCAUGGGCGACAUGGAUGCCUUCCUCGCCCAGCAACAGCAGCAGACCGUCUACUACGUCUUCGGCUGGCUCUUAUUUACUUGGCUCGGCCUUGCUUUGCUCUUCGCCGUGGGCACUGCAAUUCCCUACGUCUUCCGAUUUGUAGCCCGCUAUGUCAAUCCGGCGCAUAUGCGCUAUUGGAGGGUCCUCCGCACCAUGCGUCGGCCUUUCUGCGUUGCCUUCGGCGUCACCUUCUCGUUCCUGUGCUUUGUUGCCUUCAUCUAUUUGAACGGGGACACCCUCGCCAUCGCCUAUGACACGCCGAUCAAGGAGAUUCUCUGGGUCGCCAUCAUCCUGGACCUCCUCCAGCAAGGCUCCCUCUGGGCAUGGCUCUACUUCGUCGAGAAGAUCUUCGUGCUCUACGUGACCAUCCAUUACCACACCCGCUCUGAUCUCGGCCGCAUCUCGCGCUCCAAGGACAUGCACAACGCCCUCAUGGCCCUCUACGAGGCGUCCGUCUACCUGUACCCGGUCGGCACGCCCGAGUUCAAGGAGGAAGACGUGAUCAUCGGGAACGCCACCGGGCAGGAGCACGGCGAGUACCGGGUCCGCGCCACGCGCUACCUCAGCCGGCUGGGCAUCGACACCUACGGCCUGACCUCCUUCUUUGGCAACUUCCUCUCGAGCGACCCCAACUCGCACUGGCUGCGCCCGGCGUCGAGCUACGCCGUCGUCGAGCGCGCCCUCGCCAACCCCAAGUCCGCCGCCGCGCUCGCCCGCCGCAUCUGGAUGUCACUGGUCCCCAUGGGCAAGGACGUGCUGACCGAGCAGGACAUCGCCGAGGUCCUGGGCCCGUUCCGCAAGGAGGAGGCCGAGGCCUACUUCAAGAUCCUCGACGAGGGCGAGAUCGGCGACAUCCGGCUCGAGGAGAUGGAGUGGACGGUCGCCGAGGCGGGCCGCGUCCGCCACGAUAUCUACAAGAGCAUGCACCACGCCGACCACUGCAUCAAUACGUUCGACUGGGUGCUGCUCGCCGCCCUGGCCGCCAUCAUGGUCUACUUCAUCCUCGUCUACUGGGUGCCCGCGCUCAAGGACAUCCAGGACACGGUCAAGUUCCUCGGCUUCGGGCUGGCCUUCGCCGUAGGGCGCACCCUGCACCACAUCCUGGCCGGCUGCAUCUUCAUCCUGUUCGACCACCCGUACGACAUCGGCGACCGCAUCGAGCUGUGGAGCGGCCAGAACAACCAGUCGGUGUCGCUGGUGGUCGUGCGCACCUCGCUGCUCUACACCGUCUUCAAGCGGGUGGACAACUGGAUGGAGCUGCAGGCGGGCAACGAGUACCUGCAGCAGUGCCGGAUCGAGAAUGUGACGCGGUCCGGGUCGAACCGGCAGGCGGUGACGCUGAUGAUCGACAUCGGCACCUCCUUCAAGGACCUGCAGUUCCUGCGGGCGGAGCUGGAGGCGUUCCUGCGCGCGCCCGAGAACCGGCGCGACUUCCUGCCGACGCUGGGCUUCGCCAUCACCUCGGUCGCCGACCUCAGCCGCCUCGAGCUGCGCUGCAUCUUCGCCCACCGCUCCAACUGGGCCCACGAGCCCCUGCGCGCCGCCCGCUCCAUGAAGUUCAUGUGCGCCCUGCUGGCCAUCGCCCGCCGCAUCCCGCUCGCGCCCCCCGACGGCGCCACCCUCGGCCGCGCCCACAACCCGGGUCAUUACGUGAUGCUCUCGUCCGAGGAGGCGGCGCGCAAGGCGGCUGAGAUCGAGGCGCAGGAGGCUGCCAGGCGGUGGGAUGCGAAGCCGCGCGGGGGGCUGCACGGGCCCGUCAUCGAUGUGAGCGCGGUGUUGCGGGGGCAGGGGCAGGGGCAGGGUCUGGCCGGCGACGAGGAGGUGGUCCGGCGGGCCGUGGAAGAGGCCGAGAGGAGGAGGAAGGAGGAGGAGGACAGGGAGGCGGAGGAGCUCGCGGCGCGGCUAAGCUUGUCGAAGAUCCCGACUGUGCCGAGCAGCGGGCCGCCGCCGAGGGAGGGUGGCGGGAGUGUGGGACGGGGUGUGACUACGGGCUUCCAGGUGCUGGGCGGCGGCGGGCUGAGGUCGGUGCCGCAUUUCACCCGGUAA